AACUCUUGUUUCAGUCUGGUUUGAUUCCAACAAAAUGAAAGUUGUCCUCUUUGUGAUCGCUCUCUCAGCAGCUUUGACUGGGAGUCUGGCCGUUAAAAGUCUGGUCUUCCCCCGUGAGACGGCAACCAGUUAUGUGGAGGUGAUCCCUCGGAAACCCCUCAACCUGAAGGCGUUCACGCUGUGCAUGCUUGUGGCCACGGAGCUCAGAGGAGACCGAGCAGUCAUCCUGUUUGCUUAUCGAACUCAGGACACGGAUGAGCUGAAUGUGUGGCGCGAACGAGACGGCAGCUUGUCCUUCUACCUGAGUGGAAAUGCAGUAACCUUCCAGGUCCCUCAGCUCGGUGCCCUGCAGACUCACCUGUGUGUAAUCUGGGACUACAGUUCAGGUGCAGGAGCCCUCUUCAUGAACGGCAGGAAAAGUUUGACCAAAAUCUACAAGUCUGAUCACGCCAUCCGCCCAGGAGGCAGGAUUGUGCUGGGUCAGGAUCCCGAUGCCUUACUGGGUGGCUUUGACAUCAACCAGAGUUUUGUUGGGGAGAUAUCCGACGUGAACAUGUGGGACUCUGUUCUGCCGAAGAACAACAUCCAGGACAUGUUCUGUGGGAAGAGGAUCCAGAGGGGAACAGUCAUCGACUGGGAAACGGCACAGCUUAAAGUGAACGGGGAGGUGACCGUCAUCGACUACAAGCUGUAGCUGAACUGAUCAAACACGAGAUGUAACUUGUUCAAACCCUUUAAAACUGUCUAAUAAAACAUAAUUUUCCAUCA